GACAUCAAUGACUUGUCAGGAAUGAAUGACCUCUUAAAUGCUAUCAUGUCCCUUCAGUUGCCUUUUGCUCUCAUUCCAACUGUAACUUUCACGUCCUCGGAACACAUUAUGGGAGAAUUCAAGAAUGGAGUAUUUACAAAGGUCAUAGCAUCUCUUCUAUCAGUGGUGGUCAUUGGUAUCAAUAUAUGGUUUGUGGUAGAUUUCCUAAACAUCUAUUUGAGCAAUCAAUGGUGGAUGUAUCUCAUCUUGGUUUUGUUGUCACUCUUCUACUUCGGUCUGGUGUUUUAUCUGACGCUGUUCCUUUUCCUGGCAUUUGGCAUCAACUUCUGCUUUACUAUACCA